AUGGAUGUAAGCAUUGGAGACGAAAUCAAAGAUGGGUUCAAGAAGACGGAGUCUUGGGUGAAAUCCAACUUGGCGUUUGUGCAAGAAAUGGAAUCUUUUUAUAAACAACGGUCGUUAAUUGAACGAGAAUAUGCUGAAAAAUUGACUAAAUUAGCACAAGAGUCUCUUCAGAAAACCACCAAGCUUGGUCCCACUUUAAGUGUUGGAGAUGAGCCGACAAUUACACCUGGUUCCCUUGAAUGUGCUAGUGUUGUUGCCUGGAAGGAAGUUUUAAUUCAAUGUGAGAACAUUGCAAGGGAGAAGAUGAAAUUGUCUGGGAAGUUUGACUCUUAUGUUGCGCAGGGCUUGAGUAAGCUGGCCAUCAAAUAUUCGGGAAUUAAAGACCGGUGGAAACAGUUUGAUGAUGAUCUCAAAUCAACUAGAGAUAAGCACUAUAAUGACAUGACUGUGAAAAAGAAAGCAUAUGAUUCGGCAUGUGAAGCAAUGGAAUCGCAGAGAGCCAAGUCUUUGAAAAGUACAAACGAGAAACACCAAGAGAAGCUCACCAAAAGAGAAGCUGAAAUGAACAUCUCCAAAAAUGCUUAUUUGAUCUCCAUCAGUGUAUGUAAUGGCUUAAAGGAUAAAUACUACUACCAAGAUACACCUGAGAUUUUGGAUGGUUUGCAAGAACUAAACGAGGCUAAAGUUAGUAAAGUUAAUAGUAUCCUGUUAUCGAGCUCAGAACUAGAAAAAAAAUCAAAUGAAAGAAUUAAUACUUUUAUUGACUCGAUUGAUUCUGUCGUUAAACAAAAUCUGCCAAAGUUGGAUACUGCAAUGUUUGUCAAGCAUAACAUUUCAAAUUGGUCAGAACCAGCACAUUUCCAAUACAUACCUUCGUCAAUUUGGCAUGAUGAUGAUCAAAUGAUUGUUAAUGAUUCGGCAUUAUAUGAUUUGAAAUUGAGGUUAAACAAUGCAUGUGCAACGUAUGAGAAAUUGUCUGAAAUUUGUAAUGAUGAAAAACAGGUGGUUGAAGAAGUCUUGGUGGAAAGAAAUAAAUUGGUGGGCGAUACCUUCAAUGAAGUCCAAGUAAAAACACCAGAAGAGUACCAAAAGUUUGAAGAAUUGUUAAUUAAAUCAAUUUCAACACUACAAAAAUUCACUAAUGACGAUACUAAAAGAGUAAUGGCAGAAGUUGAAAUCCAAACCAUUCAAUCCGCAACGGGUGACAUAGAUAUGACUAUAACUACACCGAUUCACGAAAAGAAAAAAUCCAAAUUUGGUUUCUUGAAAUUGAAUAAACAUCAAGGUAAUUCUGCUGAAGAACCAGAAAUGGAAGUUCAAGAACUUUCACAAGACGUUAACAAUAUUCGAAUUACCCCGUCGAACACUAAAUCAAGAUUGUUCAACACAUUGGGUAAAAUAGUAGAUGCAUACAAUACACCAGUAGGUGAACCAAUCAAUUUCAGGUCGACAACUACUUCUUCUUUGUCAAAGGUUGCCAUUGCGCAGUAUCCAUAUGAAGCACAAGGUGAAGAUGAAAUAUCAAUGAAUAAGGGCGAUCAGUUUGAUAUAGUGGAUGAAGAUGAUGGCUCGGGUUGGACAUUUGUUAAGUCAUCCUAUGAUGAAGGUUUGGUUCCUACCUCCUAUUUGAAGAUUGAGCAAGUUCAAUUACAACAAAAGAAAAAAAUUCCUCCUAAAGUUGUACCACGAAAAAAUACAAAGACCAUCAAGAGAAUGGAAAUUUUAUAUGACUAUCAAUCACAAGGUGAUGAUGAACUGAGUCUACAAACGGGAGAUAUUGUAACUAUUAUACAAGAUGACGAUGGUUCAGGGUGGACGGAGGGUGAAAUCAAUGGCGAGACAGGCUUAUUCCCAACCAGCUAUGGAACGCUCGUUUAG